CGUCUGUUAGAAAAAGUGGGCGGAAGUGUCGGCCGUUCUUUAUUUCAAAAACGGAGUGAUGUCAAACAACAGCGGCAGUCUCAUUGACAAAGUCAGCUGUCUUGCAACCAGCUUAUUCAACGCUUAUGAGCCAUUUGGAGAGGAUAACUCGAUGCAAGCGACGUAACCAUCCUGCAGAGGUCGUUUGGAGGCUUGAAAUGACAACAUCUGCCAAUGCCAUGAACGCAUUCCAAUUCUCCAGCCCAAUGCACCUGCAUAUAGUUCAUAUCGGAGGACUCAUUAAAGGGAAGUUUGGCUGUCAGAUGCGAGCAUUUUUCAUGUGACUGCUACAGAUCUGUUUGAAUGCGAGAUCAUAUCUGGACCGAGACCACGGCAGAUCUUCAUGUCAUUCAUGGACACGGAAAGGAUUCUCUCGCAUUGAUCAUAUAAACUAUGAUGUUUGUUUAUAUGCAUAUAUUGCUUGAAUGUCCGUAUAUUUGAUAAGAGAUGGCAUGGCAUCCCUGUUCUCUCCGUUGGUUCCGAUGGCUUGGGUAGGACGAUAUUAAUGUGGGUGGACCUUGGCGCGUCUCCAACGGAUAUUUUUUUUUAGGGGGGCUGGAGGAUUGGACUAUUUACUACAGCUUUGUAGUACUUUUGCCAUAUAAACCAGCGUACAUUUUUUUAAAAGCAAGCAUCAGAGAUAUUUUACCUCCUUUGUCAGUAUAUAAUGGCCGAGGACACAACUAUAGAUGGACUGAGCACUGCUGCUGCGCAGGGAAAUCUGAUGGAAAUUGAACAGAUACUGCAAAGCAACGUGAACGUUAAUGAGAAGAACAAGUUCGGCAGGACACCAUUGCAGGUGAUGAAACUUGGCUGCCCGCGUAUAGCAGAGACGCUGCUUCUAGCAGGCGCAGACCCAAACGCGCGCGACCCCAUCCUAGGACUGACCGUCAGUCACGACGCCGCGCGAGACGGGUAUCUGGACACUCUACGGGUGCUCGUGGAGAAUGGCGCUGAUGUCAAUCUUCUUGACAACAAGGGCAACCUGCCUCUGCAUCUGGCGGCGCAAGGAGGAUGCCUGGAUGUCGUGCAGUAUCUCGUAUCUUACUGCAACACGCAGCCGUUUCUGCGGAACGCAAAAGGCCAAACGCCUCUUGACCUGGCGUCAUUGCACAAAAAAUAUCAAACUGUGGAGUGGUUAGAGAACAUUGCGCCUUCACAAUCCAGCUAGAGGGGGCCUGUGUGUUUUGUUGUGUAACAGAGGUAGCAGAUAAAUGCUGAAUGAGAGAUUUGUUGCAUUGCGGAAAAUUCAGCCAACUACCUCUUUUUGCGAUGUAAAAUAUUGGGCUCAGGGGCUUGACGUUUUGUGAAGAACAAUUAACUUUUGACAUUGCUUGUAAUUCAUAUGGCCCACGAUUUCAACUGGAUAAAUGGGUUUUGUUUUCAAUGAGCUAUUUUUCAGGUCAUAGUCUCCAUUUUAGAUUUGUAGGUUUCUGUCACUAUAACUUUCAAUCUCAUACCUGUCCUAUUUGUCCUGUGUUAUAACAAGAAAAAAAAAUAAUCUAGAUGAAUUUAUGUGCUCAAAGAAAUCAAUCUUGUAUUGAAGUAAUUGCACUAUAAUGGUCAAAAUUCACGUAACAACCCCUGACUGCUCUGAUUUUUGUUGUGUUUAGUUUUAUGACAUUAAAUUUGCACUUUUGCUUGUAAUUAAUGCUUUUUUAACUGUGAAAAAUUGUCUUUUGCCGCAUUUAAAAUAUUAAAACCUUGCAAACCAAA